GACUGUCCUGGUUAAUACACAGUUCAACAGAGGCCAAAAGAUUGGAACAACUUCUGAAUACUCGCUAGUUUCGACUUUUGUGGGACGUUACGAAUGCUUGGCAAUUUCAAUGUUGCAGAGACAAAGUGCUUACACUACUAACACACCAGGGCCAAGAAGAGGGUUACUUUUAGCAAGGAGUGGAUUUUCUUUUUAUCAGUUUAUUUUCUCUUGAUUCAAGUGGAACCAUAUGUCAUAUUUUGUCUCGCAAUGGAUUAUAAUUAUUUAAUGCUGUCUUUUCUCGUCAGUUUGAUAUUUUUGGAUUCCUGGGUGCAUGCAGAAAAAAAUCAAGCAAACCUCUCUGGAAAGCUAACUGAAUAUGGGCUAAUUGUGCCAUUUAGUACAGAUUCCCAUGGUAGGUAUAUUUCUCAUGUGGUCUCAGCAACUGGAAGAAAUGAAGGUGGUUCAUCUUCUGGGCAGAGGAGGGUGGCAAGGAGCGCCCGGGACCCUUUCAAAUUCACCCCAUCUGGCCAGCAUUUGUUUUUCAAUGUCACAGUCUUUGGAAAGGAAUUGCACUUACGCCUGAAGGCCAACAGUAAGCUGGUAGCCCCUGGUGCCUUUGUGGAAUGGCAAGAAGAUUUUGAGGACAUUUCCAAGGAACCUAUCCAUGGGGACUGUGCUUUUAAUGGAGAUGUAACUGACAUGCCAGGGACUACUGUGGCAAUAAGCAACUGUGAUGGACUGGCAGGGAUGAUUCGCACUGAUAAUGGGGAGUUUUUCAUUGAGCCCCUAGAGAAAGGGCAGCAGGAAGUGGAAGAAAAGGGGCGUGUUCAUGUGGUGUAUCGCAGGUCCGCCAUCAAAAGGGAACCAUUGGAAACAAGGGAGGACCUCCACAAUGAAGUUCCUGACUUUGGCGUAGGAGAGCUGCAGAACUCUCUAGACAAGUUAGAGCAUCAACUGAUCCAGGCAGAUCGCAAAAGGAGACAUGCCAAAAAAGACGACUACAAUAUCGAGGUGCUGCUGGCGGUGGAUGAUUCGGUAGUGCGAUUCCAUGGGAAGGAACAUGUACAAAACUAUGUCCUGACGCUCAUGAAUAUAGUGGAUGAAAUUUACCAUGAUGAGUCCUUGGGAACCCAUAUCAACAUUGUGCUUGUUCGUAUGAUUAUGGUGGGAUAUCGCCAGUCUAUCAGCCUGAUUGAACAAGGGAACCCUUCUCGAAGCCUCGAACAGGUCUGCCGAUGGGCUCAUUCCCAGCAGCGCUCUGAGCCCGACCAUGCAGAAUACCAUGACCACGCCAUCUUCCUGACAAGGCAAGAUUUUGGUCCUGCAGGUAUGCAAGGUUACGCUCCUGUGACAGGCAUGUGUCAUCCCUUAAGAAGCUGCACACUCAACCAUGAAGACGGCUUCUCCUCUGCGUUCGUAGUGGCCCAUGAGACUGGCCAUGUGUUAGGUAUGGAACAUGACGGUCAGGGGAAUCGCUGUGGUGAUGAAACCAGCAUGGGCAGCAUAAUGGCACCACUGGUACAGGCCGCCUUCCAUCGCUACCACUGGUCACGCUGCAGCAAACAGGAGCUGAACAGAUACAUACAUUCUUAUGACUGCCUGCUGGAUGAUCCCUUUGAACACAAAUGGCCCAAACUUCCAGAGCUCCCGGGAAUAAACUACUCAAUGGAUGAACAGUGUCGCUUUGAUUUUGGCGUGGGAUACAAAAUGUGCACUGCUUUCCGAACAUUUCACCCUUGUAAGCAGCUUUGGUGCAGUCACCCUGAUAAUCAGUAUUUUUGCAAAACUAAGAAGGGUCCCCCUCUAGAUGGGACAGAAUGUGCACCAGCAAAGUGGUGCUUUAAGGGUCACUGCAUAUGGAAGACUGCAGACCAGUCGUACAGCCAGGAUGGAAACUGGGGCUCCUGGAAUAAAUUUGGGUCUUGCUCCAGGACCUGUGGUGGAGGAAUACGGUCCCGCAGCAGACAGUGUAACAACCCACCCCCUGCAUAUGGUGGACAUGACUGCCAUGGAUCCACUUUUGAAUACCAGAUAUGUAAUACUGAAGAAUGCCGUGGCCCAUUUGAAGAUUUCAGAGCCCAGCAGUGCUCACAACGAAGCUCCCAUUACCACCAGAAUAAAAAACAUACCUGGCUUCCAUACGAACACCCAGAUGAGGCCCAGAAGUGUGAGCUGAUUUGCCAGUCUAAAGAAACAGGAGAUGUGGUGUUCAUGAAUCAGGUGAUCCAUGAUGGGACACGGUGCAGUUACAAAGACCCUUUUAGCGUCUGUGCCCGAGGGGAGUGCAUGCAUGUGGGAUGUGACAAGGAGAUUGACUCCUUUAAACAGGAAGAUAAGUGUGGUGUGUGCGGUGGGGACAACUCACACUGUCGGACAGUCAAAGGGACAUUUGUCAAGACUCCCAAAAGACCAGCAGGCAUGCUGAAAAUGUUUGACAUACCAGCAGGCGCGAGGCAUAUUCUCAUCGAGGAGACCGAGACAUCACCGCAUGUUAUUGCUGUUAAAAGUCAAGCAACAGGUAAUUUCAUACUGAAUGCAAAAAGUGAGGAUGCAAUGCCCAAAACAUUUAUUGACACUGGUUUGGAGUGGGAGUACACCAUUGAAGAUGGCAAGGAAACCUUGAAAAGCAACGGCCCCCUGCAUGAAAGCAUUAUUGUUUUGGCAAUUCCUCAAGAUGAUGACUCCAAAACCAGCCUAAUGUAUAAGUACAUUAUCCAUGAAGAUCUACUGCCGGUUAUUGGAAACAACAAUGUCCUUUUGGAAGAGAUGGACACAUAUGAAUGGGCCUUGAAGAGCUGGUCACAGUGUUCAAAACCCUGUGGGGGAGGUAUACAGUAUACAAAGUAUGGCUGUAGGAGAAAGAGUGACAACAGGAUGGUGCACAGAAACUUCUGUGACACCAACAAGAAACCCAAGCCAAUCAGAAGACGCUGUAACCUCAAUGAAUGUAGUCAGCCAACGUGGGUGGCAGAAGACUGGGGCUCUUGUAGCAAGGUAUGUGGGAAACUUGGAUUCCAGUCAAGGGUGGUGCAAUGCCUUCAGUCCCUUCAAAAUGGCACUAACAGGACAGUCCACACCAAAUACUGCACUGGGGAGCGGCCAGAGACCCGGAGACCCUGUAACCGUUCACCAUGUCCAGCACAAUGGCGAACAGGAGCCUGGUCUCAGUGCUCUGUGAGUUGCGGAGAAGGAAUUCAACAACGACAGGUAGUGUGCCGAGCUACGGACAACAGCAUUGGCCACUGUGAGGGUGGCAAGCCAGACACUGUACUGAUUUGUAAAUUAGAACCCUGCCCAGGAAAAUCCAUGUUGCCUUCGCCAAGCACAGAAACUGUUGAACAUGUGACCCCCAAGGUUCCAUGGGUAUCCCAGAUGGUUCCAGAAAGUCCUGUUAAUAAGAUCUCUACCAAUGAGCCGUGCCUUGGUGAUAAAUCCAUAUUCUGUCAGAUGGAAGUCCUAGCCCGCUAUUGCUCCAUCCCUGGCUACAAUAAGCUGUGCUGCGAGUCCUGUAAUAAGAAGAUAGCUACUACAACACCCCUGUCAAACCUUGAGAAAACUGAUUCUUUGGCCAUCCAGGCCAGUCCCAUCCCCAUCCCGGACACAGUAGUCAAGCCAACUGCCCAAAACCAACCUCAAAUGACCAACGGAGCUGCUAUAACAGUGAUGAAUACAUCAACACCACUUCAAGCCUUGACUGUCAAUGCAUCAGACCUCAGGGCUGCUGGCACCUCAAUUUUGAACUCCACAGUUCAGUCUCAGGGUACUGCCAGCAGCUCCACAGCAGUAGACAGUGAAAGCUUUGGAAACCUAUUUAGACUACCUCCUGGCCAAAAAACAAUGGGGACAAGCUCUCUAGGUCUACUGGAUACCAUGGCCUCAAAAAGGCUUGCAUUAGACUCCAAUAAGACUUCCCAUAGCACUACUAGUACAAGCAGCACUUUAGGUUCCUCAGGUGUGACCAGGUCAAGAAGUGAUGAUUAUGGGUCUGACACAGACUUGACACACCGAACCUCUCCCGUAGUUACAUGAAUUGUGACUUAAUCUGUGAACAUGCACAUUUAACAUACCUGUUUUUUUUGUUGUUGUUUUUUUUAACCAGUUGCUGCAAGUAAAUAAUUUCUGUGCAAGUGAAUUUUGACCAGCAAUGGUUACCUCAAAGUUGACAGAAAUUAUUCAACGUUUCACUUACAAGCAAUGUGUUACACAACACUCCACGCUUUAUGAAGCAAAACAAAAAAAUCGACUUAAUGGUGCUGUAUACAAUUUAACGGACAAUACAAACAUGUUUUAGUUUACUGGAAACAUUGCUGAUAAUUACUUGUUCAGUUAAUACACUAGGAGGGACAUGUAUCAAGCAUUUGCAACUGUAUUAAGGCCAUUGCACCGAGUUUACGCCGGCCUUAAAAUUGCCCCGUAUGUAUAAAAAUGUGCACGUUUACGCCGUGCCUCAUUAAUUUUGGGCCAGUUAAUACAUUCAGGAUGGGGCAAAAUUUGUGCCGCGGCAGAGCGCUACUUUACACUCUGCCAAUUUAGUGCUGCGUCGGUCGAUCUUAAUACAUGUCCCCCUAGGUUUGUUAACCGAAUGUAUAAGUGCAUUGGGACUACUUAUUGUACUUACUUUGCGUAACAUUAGUGUUUGGAAUAAGUGAAAUGCAUUAUGGGAUUUGUGGUGUAUGGAAAAUACAUCACCCAGAAUAGGGACCUAUGUAAACCCUGUCUCUUGGUGCUUAUCUGUUAUGUACCUCCACCUGCUUCUUAGAGUGUGUGCUCAAACAAUGACUUUAAUUUGAAGACUGUGCUGCCUAGUAAAUGAUAGCGAUGUAUAUAGCUCUACAUCCCAGCACACACAUUGCCUUUUGUCACACGUACAAAUACAUCAUUAUUAUUUUUUAUUUCCUAGUACUGUUACAGUCUUUUAAUAUAUAUAUAUAUAUAUAUAUAUAUAUAUAUAUAUAUAUAUAUAUAUAUAUAUAUAUAUAAAGUAAUAUUGUAUAUAGUGUAAAUUUCAACAUAAUACAAAACCAUUAACAAGAAACCAUGUAGUGUAAAGUGUAAUGUACUGGGAAGCUACAGUACAUAGGGUUAGAUAAUGUGAGCCUGUAAAAUUCACCACAUGUUGCUGCUUGUUAUAUUAUUUCAUUCCUGAGUUACAUUUAUUAACGUCAUAAUGUGUGUUGUAUAGUUCUUGUAUAUACAUGAAUGAGAGCUUUAAAUGUUAAUAUUUAUUAAAUUUUAAAAUUGUAGUAAAUGAUAAAUACAUUUAACUUGUUGUUUAAGCGAAUCCAAUGAUUAACUGUGCCAUCACAAUGGUGAUGAAAAAUUAAUAUAAUAACUGAGCUUCAGAGUGAAAAAUGGGGCAUUUAAUACAUUUAGGCCUAAACUCUGUGGGGAGAAAAUGAAUUAUUGAAUAUUUUCAUUAUAUAUAUAUAUAUAUAUAUAUAUAUAUAUAUAUAUAUAUAUAUAUAUCACACACACAAUUACAGUAUUUUACAUAUAAACUGCAUUUCAGAGGGAAUGUUACAAGCUUUGUUAUCUGCUGUUGGAGACUCGUGUUGUGGGCGUGUCUAAAAAAGAGGAUGUUUGUCCUUUUCUACACCAUGGUAUGCUCUUUUAAAUGUGAACGUGUAGGUGAAUGUUUGCAUACCCUCCCCUCUCUAUAAACUUUGAUGUAAUGCAGUAAUAUGAAGAAAACAUGUAGAGAACACGGACUGUAGACAUGAAGCAGAACUAACACUGCUGUUUCCAACUGUAUGUUCAUUUUCAGGAGAUGUGGGACCCAUUUCCACAAGGUUUACAACUCUACUAAAACAGUUUUACAAAUGCAUAAUCCAGUAUGUAAAUGCUCCACUACCCUGAAUACCAGCAGUUCCAAUGAUAGUAUGUUUAAAGAUUAAGUAGUAGGGUUCCGUAAAAUAUAACGUUACACGUCCCCACAUGUUGCUACAACUACUUAAAUAACAUACUUGUAAUUUUUCUUUUCAUUGUUAACAUCCAGACAACCUUUUAUACUUAUAACUUUAAAAUCAGUUUCAAAGCUCUUUUCAAAAUAGCCGCUCUAGUGCACUGAUAGUGUAAGGAUUAUUGCCCACAUUGUCAAACAGGUAACAUAGCAAUAACAAUCCAUGAUGUGUUACAGAACAGAAAAGCCAGAGCACUUGUUAUUUUAUUUUUUCAAUUGCUCUUCCUGCAAUGAUUUAGAGGACAGAUCUCAAACCCCAGCCCAGUGCACUCGAGCGACAAUUUUGGAAAGAGCUUUAAAACAGAAAUAAAGUUAUGUGUAAAAAGUUGUCAGGAUGAUAACAAUAAAAAUACAAUUUACAGGUACGCUAUUUAAACAGUUGUAGCAACACGUGGGGACUUGUAACGCUAUAUUUUUUCGGAACCCACUACUUAUUCUUUAAUGUGUUAUUUUUAACAUACUGGUUAAUAUGCUCAAAGAGCCCUGCAUUUUAUUUUUGCAAUACGAUAUUGUAUUUUGAAAAACAUCAACUGUGAAAUCACUUUUAAGUUCUUCAGUAACUUUGAAUACUUUCUGUAGUGCCAUGAGCACAUGGUAAACAGUACACACAUAUUUUAUUGUUAGGAACCAAAACUGUUUGAAUUGAAUGUAUUACCAUCUGUUCAUGGACCUCUGUGUGCAGCUGUUUCCUUCAAAUGUUUCUUCAAUGCUGCUGAGUUAUAUUGUCCUUGGAACGCAAGAGAACAGGUCAUUAAGAGUAAUACUUACAGCACUUAUUGGUAUAUAUACAGUGUUAUUCUCAGUCUCAUGUAUAAAUGGUACUUUGUUGGCAAUAAUAGAAAAUGAAGUUGUUGGACAAUGGUACAGAUACCACUGGUUAGUCACAGUAUGGAUUGCAUUAAAGAUAACAAUAAACUU